AAUCACAGAAAAUCCUCUGGUAAAAGUUUUAGUAUCCCUCGGGUCGUGAAUAAUGGAGGUUCUAUUAUUACUCACCAUAUUUCUCGACGUACAUUUGGUUUUUGGGUGGAAUCAGAAUAUUUCUAGUACUCCAGAAUCAGGUGGAGCUGUGAAAUCACCAGUGGUAUCGCCGCUAUCACCCGUUAAACACUUUUUCUCUCUGACGAGACCGAAGCUGAAGAGUCCUCAAGCCUCGAGCCACGAAAAUCCAUCUGUACACUCCCAUUAUCGAGUACACGAUAACAAUGAAUACGCCGACGACCCAUGGCUUGAUUAUAAUCUUGAAAACGAUCCGUGGGGCUUUCACCCUCAGCCACAGCCCCAGAAUUGUCUCGUACCAGCAUUAGCAGCAAGUGGAACUACAGCGCUCAUUAUUUUGUCAAUCAUCGUAUUUAUCUUUAAAUUCAUUCCCUCUCUGUUCGUAGCGAAUUCGAGACUGACUUCCCUGCAAAUGCUUGCAAAAGCCGCUGAAUCGUGGUUCACUGGAACUACACAAGCACCAAAUGUCAUGCACGGUUACAAUAGGUGGACACCAGAGAGAAUGCAUGGUGGGGAUUGGAUGGGCGGUGAAUUGAGUGGGAAUUAUGGAGUGAAGAGUCCUUUCCUGAAAAACCCAAAGGACCGACAUUCUCCCUUUAAAAAACCACAAAACAUCAACGAUCUCAAAAAACCUAUUAAAUAAAAGCAGUUGGAGCAA